AAACCUUUAACCUUCACGCAUUCUUCCCCAUUCUCUCUCUCGCCAUACAAGAGAAGGAAAAAAGAAGAAAAAAGAAAAUAAAAGAAGGAAUCCCAUUUCUUCUAUUCUAAAAGCUGUGUAUUCAUAGUACUUGAGGAGAAAGAAAGAGGGAGUUGGUUCAAGAGGACGUAACAAGGAAGGAACGAGUUAGGAAGCUACCUAAUAUUUUUCUAGUACAAUUUUGAACAGCCUUUUGUUACUUUCCGCAAAGCAAAACAAAGGACAGUAGCAUUUUAGCAGCUUUUGGAAGUCCCUUUUUUCUUACUUUUUUGGAAAAAAAGGAUCUCUGUUAUUAAUGAAUAUUGCAUUACCAGAAAUGUUACACAGUAUCACAGGAAAUGGAAGCUCAGAAAUGAGCGUGCUUGAACGACAACGAGCGAGAAUGAAAUGGCAGCAAGAACAGCUGCAGCAACCAGAAAUGAUGAGUUAUUUUGAUGGACAAAAUGAUCAUCAACUGAUGCAUUCUUAUUCUCAAACAGCUGGAGCUCAACAGUUUCAUGGUCUAAUCAACAAUGUAAAUGAUCAGAGUCUUAAUGAGCUUGUGACUCGGGCAAUUAAGCCGGACCCCUGUUUAGAGAACAAUAGGGGUGAUUUUGGGACCAUUGGUACUGAUGGUUUAGGCUAUGUUCCAAUUGGGGUUGGAAAUGGAGGAACUACGCCACAAUUGGGAUUGGAUUAUGCCAUUUCCAGAACCACAAGUUGCCCGCCUAACAUGGCGGACAACUCUGUGUCUGCUGGUAAAGCCAAAGAGAGUAUGCUGAGCUCUAAUAGAGGAAGAGAGAGUUUCAAGAAGAGAAAAGCAGACAAGAAUCAACAUCUCAAGGAGGUUGCAGAAGAAGAAAUCAAAGGCAAGAAACUGAAAGAAUGCGUAGCUGAGGGAGAUUCCAAGGUAACAACAGAGAAAUACAACAAAAGGAGCUCCAAUAACAGUAACAACAGUAAGGAAUCCUAUGAAUCUUCAAAGGAGAAGUCCAAAAUUACUGAAGAUAAAAAGCCUGAUUAUAUUCAUGUCCGAGCACGUCGUGGUCAAGCCACUGAUAGCCACAGCUUAGCUGAACGAGUAAGAAGGGAAAAGAUUAGUGAGAGAAUGAGAUUUCUGCAAGAUUUAGUACCAGGAUGUAACAAGAUCACAGGGAAAGCAGGAAUGCUAGAUGAAAUAAUCAACUAUGUCCAGUCUCUCCAAAGACAAGUAGAGUUCCUAUCCAUGAAACUGGCUGCUGUUAAUCCAAGGCUUGAUAUCGACGUAGACAAUUUCUUAAACAAAGAUAUAUUUGCAACUAGCACGUCUAAUUUUCCUACAGUGGGAGCUGGAACAUCAUCUGAAAUGCUUAGUAUGGCCCAACGCCAGUUCAAUUCAUUGCAGCAAAUAGUGUCAAGUUCUGGAUUCGAAAUGGGUAUUCUAAAUCUUAGUGAAAUGGCUCUACGUAGAACCACUAGCGCUCCUGUAUCAAUCCCUGAAAUAUUUCUCGACUCAUCCAAUAUCAAUCAAGUUCAGAGCUUUCCAACUUGGGACAAUGACUUAGAUAACAUGUACGCAAUGGAACUUCAACAAGGAAGAUCAGCACAGUUUCUUCCCCAUCCGUGUACAGGUUUUGUUGAAGCUGGAAAUGACCUGAAGAUGGAAAUGUGAUCUUACAGUUUUAAACAUUCAAGAUCAUUGAAUGACUUCACCUCAGAUGUCAUGGAUCCUGAUUCUUUUUUCCAAGUACAUAACAUAGUAUAUUAUGUAUGUAAAUGUUGCAGUUCAAGAGUAUCAAGCAAUACUAUGACAGUGUUCAUUGGAAA